AUGGCAAGUGACACAAUGAUGAAGAAAACAAAGCAUAUUGAAAACAAAGACAGAAUUAGUGAUUUACCUGACAGUGUUUUACUUCACAUUCUCUCUUUUUUGAAAACAACUCCAUACACGGUUCAAACUUGUAUUUUAUCCAAAAGAUGGAAGAAUCUCUGGAAAAAAUUUCAUGUUCUUUAUCUAGAUUCCGAAUGGUUUGACACUCUUGAAGUUUUCACCCAAUUCAUAUCUCAACUUUUGUCUCGUCACGAUCAAGGAAUGGCACUACAUGCUUUCAAAUUGUAUAUGUCUGGUCAACAUAUCAUAGAGCCUGAUCUAUUCGAAAGCAUUUUGAAAUAUGUUGUUUCAUAUAAUGUCAAGCAUUUACGAGUCUGGCUCAAAUGUGAUAUUCAACACUUCCCGUCUAGUUUAUUAUCGUGUCACACUUUAACAUCUCUUUACUUUCAUGUUACCCCUAGUCAUUAUAAUAAACAGAAAAUAUUAUUUUCAAAUUCUCUCAAUUUGCCAUCAUUGAGCAAUUUGGAUAUAGGAGCUGUCGCCUUUCUUGGUGGAACCGAGCCUUUCUCGGCAUGCCCCAAGUUGAUUAGGUUGAGGAUUUCAAAUUUCAGUAUUCUAGGUGAACAAAACUUACUCAUCUCAAGUACCACACUUGUCAAAUUAACAAUACAAUUAUAUUGUAAGUCUGAGAAUGACAACACAAUUGAGCUAUCUACUCCAAGUCUUCGUAUUUUUGCUUUUAUCGGUAUUCCCAAUAAAAUUUUGUAUGGGAUCCAUCUUAGUUCUGUUGAGCACGUAGAGAUUGAUGCAUAUACGUGGAAUCGCCCAAAGGCUCCUUCAAUUCUACUUAGCUGGCUGUUAAAACUUGCUAAUAUCAAAAUUUUGACAGUCUCUUCCAAUACUCUUCAGGUUCUCUCCUUAGUUCCUGAUUUAUUAAAGGUCAAACUCCAUUCCUUAUGUAACUUGAAGAGACUGAACAUAAAAAAGAAACGACUUGAAUAUGGAUUAUACAAGGCAUUGGUAAGAAGCAAAUUAGCACAAGUACCUGCUACUUCACAGAAAGAAGUUGCCAAAUUACGAGAAGCAUAUAAACAAAGAUCUACAUUCAUACCUAAAGGAACAGUUAGGUUUUUGUAUCAAAACACAGCUUCAGUGGAAGUUUAUGGUUAUUCAGAAAGGAAAAGGAUUGUGAGAUUGAAAUAA